AUGGGUUCUGAACCAGACUGGUCCCAACGUCCCAUUUUCUCACCAGAGCAACUGGAAAAAUACUUCUCCCGAAUCAGCCUUCCUCAGCGGUAUAGGGAAUCAUCCAUUGCGCAAUCGGACAAACGCACCCAGAAUGAGGUUUCCUUGGAUUUCCUGAAAGUAUUGCAACGUUACCAAGUGGCCGCAGUGCCAUUUGAAAAUCUCAAUCUGCACUAUUCUGUCCAGCGUCAUAUCUCCAUCGACGUGGAGAAGCUCUUCCACAAGAUUGUGGAUACGAAGUCUGAGCGAGGAGGCUACUGUAUGGAAAACAAUACCUUCUUCGGCACUGUGUUGCGAAGCCUGGGAUACAAUGUCAUGUCAGUUGGAGGUCGGGUUAAUGAAGCGGCUCAGCCUAUUUCGGCCUCAAAGAAUUGGAGAGGCCCCAAAUUCGACGGCUGGAACCAUAUGGUCAACCUGGUCGUUAUUGGGCAACAAAAAUACCUGGUAGACGUGGGGUUUGGUUCUAAUGGCCCACAUCAACCUUUGCCUUUGGUUGCAAAUAUUGAGUUCCACAACGUGGGCGAGCAGUCUGGACGGCUACGCUAUGCACCAAUCUCCCAACACUCAGCCAAGGACCAAUUUCUCUGGCACUAUGAAAUUAAGAAUGGGGACGUAGAUUGGUCUCCCGCGUAUUGCUUCACCGAGACCGAGUUUCUUCCAGAGGACUUCACUAUCAUCAACUACUAUAUGAGCACUAGUCGAGAGAGCAUGUUCACAUUCCAUGUGCUAUGUGUGCGCAUGCUUCUGGACCAACAGGGCGACAAUAUUGUAGGUGAUCUCACGCUAUUCAAUAACACAUUGAAGCGUCGCCUAGGGGCUACAUCGGAGAUAGUGCAAACGUUUACCUCCGAUGAGGAGCGUGUGGCAGCACUCGAGGAAUUUUUCAAUAUUUACAUCUCCCGGGCUGAUAGAGAGAGUAUUCGCCAUACAAUUUCGGAAAUUCUUUAG